GGGGCAGGGCGGGCGGCGGGAGCGGGCGGCGCUCCGCGGGUUCCUCUCCGUGUCGCUCCGCGCUCAGGCCCGGGAGGACGGACUCCCCCCUCGCCCCCUCCCACCCUCUCCGCCCCGGGCGGCGGCGGAGGAGGCGGCGGGGAGCGGCGCGGCAGCGGAAGGAGCAGUAGUACAAAAUGUCAAAAAUUAGAAGGAAGGUCACAGUGGAAAAUACCAAGACCAUAUCCGAUAGCACAUCCCGAAGACCCAGUGUGUUUGAAAGGCUUGGACCCAGCACUGGAAGUACUGCAGAGACACAGUGCCGUAACUGGCUGAAGACUGGCAACUGCCUCUAUGGGAACACAUGUAGAUUCGUACAUGGCCCUUCACCACGAGGUAAAGGCUAUAGCAGCAGUUAUAGAAGGUCACCAGAAAGACCCACUGGAGAUCUUCGGGAAAGAAUGAAGAACAAACGUCAAGACGUUGAGGCAGAACCACAGAAACGAAGUACAGAGGAAUCAUCCUCUCCUGUUAGGAAAGAGUCUUCACGAGGAAGACAUAGAGAAAAGGAGGAUAUCAAAAUUACGAAGGAGAGAACACCAGAAAGUGAAGAUGAAAAUGGAGAUUGGGAAACAAAUAGAGAAGAUUCUGAUAAUGGAGAUGUUAAUUAUGAUUAUGAUCAUGAGCUGUCUUUGGAAAUGAAGCGCCAAAAGAUUCAGAGAGAACUCAUGAAGUUGGAACAGGAAAACAUGGAGAAACGAGAGGAAAUAGUCAUUAAAAAAGAGAUUUCUCCAGAGGUGGUUAGAUCUAAAUUGUCACCUUCACCAUCACCAAGAAAGUCUAGCAAAUCUCCAAAGCGAAGAUCCAGUCCCAAAUCAUCAUCUUCAGCUAGUAAGAAAGAGAAGAAAGCAUCUACAGUAUCUUCUCCACUUUUGGAUCAGCAAAGGAGUUCUAAAAGUAACCAGAGUAAAAAGAAAGGUCCCCGUACCCCUAGUCCUCCUCCUCCAGUACAAGAGGAAACUUCCCUGGGGAAAAAACACAAAGAGAAACAUAAAGCAAAAGAACGUUCAGAAGAAAAGGCAAGGGAUGUGAAAGAGAGAGGGCGUGACUUUGAAAGGCACAAGGAGAAAAAAGAGAAGCAGAGGGAUCCCUCUGAAAGCUCUCACAGACAGAAGCGCUCUCCCAGUCCUGCAGAUCGUUCUGGCAGUAAUUCUUCCCCUUCCAGGGAGUAUUCCCCACCUGCUGCCAGGCGAAGACAAACAUCCCGAGCUCCAGCCAAGUCAACCACUCACAAGCACAACUUCUCACCCUCUCGCAGGUCUGCUUCUCCAUCAGGUCAGCAUCAUUCUCCCAUAUCCUCCAGGCAUCACUCCUCUUCGUCGCAGUCGGGGUCCUCUGUUCAAAGACAUUCUCCCUCUCCCCACCGCAAAAGAACUCCCUCUCCAUCCUACCGCAGGACAGCUUCCCCACCUGCAAGGAGAUCUUCUUCUCCAUAUCCCCCACAUGCCUCCUCUUCUCCUCAGAGGAAGCGAAGCCCUUCCAGGCACCGAUCUCCUGGAAGAGAAAAGGGAAGACACGAUCGUGAUCGGACGUCACAGUCUCACGAUAGGCGCCACGAAAGGCGGGAUGAAACCAGAGGAAAAAGAGAAAAAGAAAGAGAAACAAGAGAUGAUCGUGAUUAUGACCAGGAUCAGAGUAAUUCCAGGGAUCAUCGAGAUGACAGAGAGUCUCGUGAUGGAAGAGAUCGGAGGGACACCAGAGACAACAGAGACAGGAGGGAGGCAAGAGAAUCCAGAGACACUCGAGACUCCAGAGAUACCAGGGAUUACAGCAGAGAUACCAAAGACAGUCGUGAUCAGAGAGACUCACGCUCCACACGAGAUUCCCACGACUACAGAGACAGAGAGAGUCGUGAUGCCCACAAAAAGGAUGACCAGUAUCAGGAGGAUUCACGCAGCUAUGGAAGAUCCCAUGGCAGAGAGGAGAGCUCUCGUGCUGAAUCAAGGAAUGACUCCAGAAGUGACUCCAGAAAUGAGAGCAGAAGUGAUAGAACUGGCAGAAGUCGAGGCAGAGGUCCAGAAUUAUCUGACAAGGGAAGUCGGGGGACUAGAGGCUCACAGGUUGACAGUCACAGCAGUAGUGGGAAUUACCACGACAGCUGGGAAUCAAGGAGUAGCUACCCCGAUCGGGAUCGCUAUGACAGUCGAGAUCAAGCAAGGGAUUCCUCUUUUGAGAGAAGGCAUGGGGAGAGGGACAGGCGUGACAACAGAGAAAGAGAUCAGAGAGCCAGCUCACCAGUACGACACCAAGGACGGAGCGAUGACCUCGACCGGGAUGAGAGGAGGGAAGAGCGUCGGGCGGAUCGGGCGGAUGACAGGAGAGAUGAGAGGGCCCGGGAGAGAGAGAGAGAGAGGGAGAGAGACCGGGAGAGGGAACGAGAAAGAGAUCGGGAAAGAGAAAGGGAGAAGGAAAGGGAGUUGGAAAGAGAUCGUGCUCGGGAACGGGAGAGGGAGAGAGAGCGGGACAAAGACAGGGAUCGGGAGCGUGACCGAGACAGGGACCAUGACAGGGAAAGAGAACGGGAAAGGGAGAGGGAGAAGGAACGAGAGCGAGAGCGGGAGGAACGAGAAAGGGAGCGAGAGCGGGAAAGAGAUAGAGAGCGGGAACGAGAAAGGGAGAGAGGUCGGGACAGGGAUAAAGAGAGAGAACGCCAGAGAGACUGGGAUGACAAGGAAAAAGGAAGGGAUGACCGUAGGGAUAAGAGAGAAGAUAUCAGAGAAGAAAGAAGUUCAAGAGAUGUCCAUGAGGAAAGAAAGUCCAAGAAGCGCCACAGAAACGGAAGCAGUCCAAGUCCUCGUCAGUCACCCAAGCGUCGCCGUGAGCACUCUCCUGAUAGUGAUGCUUACAACAGUGGAGAUGAUAAAAAUGAAAAGCACAGACUCCUGAGCCAGGUUGUUCGGCCCCAGGAAUCCCGGUCACUGAGCCCCUCUCAUGUUACAGAGGAGCGGCAGAGUCGCUGGAAAGAAGAUGAGCGAAAAUCAGACAGAAAAGAAAGUUCCCGGCGUUACGAAGAGCCAGAGUUUAAAGAAAGGGUUUCUUCAUCAGAUAAACAAAGGGAACAGCCAGAUGCUUCAGAAAGCUCUCGGUCCAGGGUUCAGGAAAAUCUUGGACACCGCCCCUCUGAAGAAAGAGAUGCUUCUGAUAGACUGCAUGAUGACAGCAAGAAGAAGUCCAAAAUACAGAAAAAGGCCACAAAGAAGAAAAAAGACGAUGACAGUGGAGUGGAAAGGUACACUAAUGAAUCAACCACUGAGGAGAGCCAGGUCUUUUCACCCAAGAAAGGUCAGAAAAAGAAGAAUGUAGAGAAAAAGCGUAAGAGGUCUAAGGGUGAUUCAGAAGUUUCUGAUGAAGAAAUUGUUCCACAUCAUAAAAAGAAGAAAGGCCCAAGGACUCCUCCUGUAACAAAAGAAGAAUUGGUUGAAGCGGCACCCGGAAAAUCUGUGGCAGAAGUCCCCCAGAAAAGAGAAGAUACAACGUUUAGUGACUGGUCAGAUGAGGAUGUUCCUGAACGUGGUGACGUUGUUGUUCCAGAAAGAAGCACUGAGGACUCCCAUAGAAAAAGUCACAGGACAAGGAUAGAAAAAGUGGAAGCCCCUCAUGUUACUAUAGAUGAUGGACCACACCGUAAACCCGUGGAUCAGAAGCGCAGCAGCAGCCUUGGUAGCAACCGGAGCCAUGCCUCAAGCAGACUUAGAUCCCCUUCCAAUGAGUCAGCUCAUCGUAGUGGAGAUGACCAGACUGGACGGAAGAGGAUCCUACAUAGUAGUUCUAGAGACAGGGAUAGGGAUAGGGACAGGGACAGGGAUAGGGAUAGAGAGAAGAAAAGCUUAGAAAUCACUGGGGAGCGGAAAUCCAGAAUUGAUCAGUUGAAACGUGGGGAACCCAGUCGCAGCACAUCAUCAGAUCGUCAAGAUUCAAGAAGCCACAGUUCAAGAAGAAGUUCUCCUGAAUCAGAUCGUCAGGUCCAUUCCAGAUCUGGGUCCUUUGACAGCAGGGAAAGGCUUCAGGACCGGGAUAGACACGAACAUGAUCGAGAACGGGAGAGAGACAGAAGAGAGGGAAGACAGAGAGACUGGGACCGGGAUAUUGACAAGGAGUGGCCCAGAAGCAGGGACAGAGAGAGGCUCAGGGAACGAGAGAGAGAGAGGGAGAAGAGAAGGGAGCUGGAAAGAGAGAGAGAGAGACAACUACCUGAUACUUCUGAAAGAGAGAGAGACAGAACUGACAGAACUCUUGAAAUCGCUCAGAAAGAAUCAGCAAAGCACAGUGAAACAAAACUGGACAGAGAUCAUGAAAAGGAAUUUGAUGGUGCUUGUCGGGAUCCAGCAGCUUCAGAGAAGGAAAGAACAGACAAAGAUUUAGGACCCUUGCAAGGUUUUGAAGAUGGAAAUGAGGCUGAAAAGGUUGAGAGUUUAGAAGGAGGAGAAGAUGAAGCAAAGAUAGAUGAUGUACAGUCACUGGGGUCUGGUGCUGGAGAAUAUGAGCCAAUCAGUGAUGAUGAACUGGAUGAAAUUCUGGCAGGUGAUGCUGAAAAACGGGAGGAUCAACAGGAGGAUGAGAAGAUGCCUGGUAAAAAUCCUGUGGAUGUUAUAGAUGUAGAUUGGUCCAGUCUUAUGCCAAAGCAGCCUAAAGAACCACGGGAGCCUGGGGCUGCACUCUUAAAAUUCACACCAGGUGCUGUUAUGUUGAGAGUUGGCAUUUCCAAGCGAUUGGCAGGACCAGAACUCUUCACCAAAAUUAAAGAGACUUGCCAGAAAGUAUUAGAAAAACCUAAAGAUGCAGAAAACCUUUUUGAACAUGAACUGGGAGCCUUGAACAUGGCCGCGCUUCUACGGAGAGAAGAGAGAGCAGGUCUGCUCAGUAACCUGGGUCCUUGCUGUAAAGCUCUCUGCUUCCGAAGGGAUUCUGCAAUCCGUAAGCAGCUCAUGAAGAAUGAAAAGGGUGCAACGAAACAAACUUACACAAAUUCUGGAGCAAUGGACAGUGACUUGUUACGGUUGAGUCUACGGUUAUUCAAACGAAAGACUGUGUGCCAAGUUCCUGGGCAGGAAAAGACAGAGGACAGUAAAAUUGCACAACCAGCUAUCCAGCAAGAAGUCUGUGUGUCUUGAGCAAGUGAGCACAGUGGCACUUCCUAUUUGAUUUCCCACAACCAGUGUUGGUGUUGAUGUUUAGAACUGGUUGGUUGGAAAGCAGCUGUAGAAGAUGGAAGAAAAUACUCCGUUUGUACACACAUAAGGAUUAUUUGGCUUGGAUGUGAGUAAAAGGAGUAAAAAAUAAAGACUUCUAUGUGAAGUUCUCUGCAAGUUUUAUAAUAUGGAAUCUUACCGUGUAACAUAAGCCUAUUUUAUGGUGCAUCUAGUGUAAUAAUGUGAAGAUGUCUGGUUUUAGGAGUUUAUAACACCACCUGAUAUUAAACUGAAGAAAACUGUCUGCAUAUCUUCUUCCUCAUUAUGAAUAUUUUUUUCCCCACCACGAGCUUGGUCUCUGAAUACGUCUCAAAUGUCUUUAAAUAUCUUGCUUCCUGGGAGUCUGUCUGCCUUUUCUUCCCAAAUCUUUUUCUUAUCACAGUAGUCUCUAGCAUGGAUCUGGUUUUGGACAAAACUAGGCUCUUUUCCAUCUCUAGCACAGUUUUCCUCUGAUAAUUUCUGGGUAUAAAAAUCUAAUUGACUCACUUAAGGCUCCCCUUCUUGUUGAUGAAUAGAAGUAAACAGCAAAAUAAAAACCUUGCAGAAAGUGAUUUUUGACCAGUUUUAGAUGCCUGUAUGGGUCUAGGAUUGUUUUGGAAAUGCCUGGUGCUUACAAAAGAGGAAUAAUGGAUAUAUUUUACAUCCUGGUAAGUAUGAGGGCAGAUCAGUCCUGUGGGGAAACCUUGAGGGUAUUUCAUACUUGAUGAAUUUCAACCAUUUUCAUAUGUUAGCAGUGAAGGCAGAGAGCAUUCAUGUUUUGCUGGGUGUUACAGAUUUCAGGGGCCCAGUUAGAGACUUGUCAAACCUGGGCUCAGUUUUGUAAGAAUUGUUUUCAGUUUGAAGUGUUAAUGUUUUGUGUGGGAUCUUUGGAUUAUACCAGUCAGGUAUGUUCAGGUAGUCUGUGGAGGCCUCCCUGUGAAACUGAGGCUUCUAAGUCUUCAGACUCUGUACACCUCUCUACUUGUCCUGGGUUUAAACCUGGACUUUUACUUUGAAUUCUAUUCCUGGAGAGUGAGAAAUAAAUCCAUAUUUCAACCUUGGUACUAGCUUGCUACAAAGCAACUUGCUUUCAUUGUUCUUGUUCAGGUUGAAAAUGAGUUAUUAACCACUGAAUUUUUUGACAGUUGGUUUGUGUUAGUUUCUUAUCCUUUUUCUUCACUUGGAACCAGCAGACAGAGGUGGAAUGUUGACUGUGCAGUUCAACAGCAGGCCUGUCUCAUAUCUCUUGUGAUUACUGACAGAUGUAUUGGCUUCAAGGAAAAGCCUAAAUAUGAGUAGCAGUUCAGUUCACAUAAAAAGCUUUCUUACUAUAAUGCUUUCCCAUAAUGCCUGGUACAUGAGCCUUUAGAAGAAUGUUUGUAUACUACAUAAAAAAUGUUGUUGAAGAAGAUGUGAGGGGGGGGUUAUUUAUAUUUUUGUAAGUGCCCACACUAGUGUAUAUGUACUUGUAUCAAAUAUAAAUAACAUGAGAAUUUCUACCAUUUGCUUGAUUCUUAUUAAACUGGAUGUGACCCAGGCAAAGCUUUAUUUUCAAAGUUUUUCACUAGUUCAACAUUUUUAAGGGACUUGGUGUCUAUUAUUUUUAGUGUCAUCAGUGAUUUUAUAUAUGCUUCCAAAAAAAAAAUGUCUUUUAAAUACACUAGUACUUUAACCCGAGCAAGAGUUAAUGAACCUGUUCUAUUCAGCAUUUAAAUGCAUUCUCACCUGUUUUAUAGCUACAAUAAUACUGUCUUUAAGCUGAAAAUAUUAGAUCAUUGCUUCUGAUUAUGUUAAAGCCUAUUCCCAUCUCCAUCUCUAAAAGACAUAAAAAUGUUAAAUAGGUAGAAGCAGCCUUGUCUAAGACUGCAAUACACAAAAUAGAUUCACUGUGUGGCAUUUAAUUACACCAGGCUUAUUUUAAACACUCUUCCUGUAAAGCAGUCAAGGUGUAUAUAUGUACUUAUUCUUCAGAAGAAUAUUUCAUAUUACCCUGGAAAGUGCAAAAUAAAGUAGGCUUGAUGGGCUG